AAAAAAAAAAAAAAAAGGGGAAACAGAAGCGCCAGUGUAGCGGAAGUGGUACUGCCCUGAACGAUACGCUGAGCGAGACGGAGGACGGAGGCUGAAUCGUCCAUAGAGAGAGAAGAAAAAAAAGGAGGAUUAAAAGCCGCCACUAUUACUAGAAAAUGGACAAGAACGACCUGGUACAGAAGGCCAAGCUCGCUGAGCAGGCUGAGCGCUACGAUGACAUGGCCACAGCCAUGAAAGCGGUGACAGAGCAAGGUUCGGAGCUGUCAAAUGAGGAGCGCAACCUUCUCUCUGUUGCCUACAAGAAUGUUGUAGGAGCACGUCGCUCAUCCUGGCGCGUCAUCUCCAGCAUCGAGCAGAAGACUGAGGGCAAUGACAAAAAACAGCAGAUGGCACGUGAAUACCGGGAGAAGAUUGAAUCUGAGCUGCAGGAUAUCUGCAAGGAUGUGCUUGGGCUGCUGGACAACUUUCUCAUUACCAACGCAUCUGCUGCUGAAAGCAAGGUUUUCUAUCUGAAAAUGAAAGGCGACUAUUAUAGAUACCUGUCUGAGGUUGCAUCUGGGGAUGCCAAGAAGGACACAGUGGACAAUUCCCAGCAGGCGUACCAGCAAGCUUUUGACAUUAGCAAGGGAGAGAUGCAGCCAACACACCCAAUCCGGCUUGGCCUGGCCCUCAACUUCUCAGUCUUCUACUAUGAAAUUCUCAACAACCCAGACAAGGCAUGCACCCUGGCAAAGACGGCAUUUGAUGAAGCCAUCGCCGAACUUGACACUUUGAACGAGGAUUCUUACAAAGACAGUACCCUGAUCAUGCAACUACUAAGGGACAACCUCACUCUGUGGACAUCAGAAAACCAGGCAGAUGAGGCAGAGACUGGAGACGGGGAAAACUAAUGGAAUUGCACUGUUAAUCCACCUACACUCUUAUCUUAAACACAGACAGCUUAUAUACAUCCCCCUCCACUCCAUCAGCUCCUCCCACUUCUGUAUGACAAGCAGCCUGAAUUGCUCCUGACCAACUAGUUUACCCCUCUCAGUUCACUGUGAGGUGACAGGGUGAUUUUUCAGUUAGCAGAUUCAGUCACUUUGUUGAAACAUGUUGUAUUAAUUAGUGAGUCCAUGUUGCUGUUGUUUUUUUUGUGUCUGUUUUGUGUGCAUGUGUGUACGCCUGUUUGUAGUGAGUGAGCAAGAGUGAAAGAUUGUGUGUAUGGUCUGAGGGGGGCUUUUGUGAAUUAUAAUCGUCCUUCCAAAUCCCUUUGUCCCAGCUAGUUGUGCAUUUUUCAUCCCAUUUUUUUUUGUUACUUUCUUAUUUGUGAUUCCUCAUGAUAUUUACAGGUUUUAUUGUAUGGUAAUUAUACUGGCAGUUGAUUUCCACCAAACACUGUGAUGGUAGGCGUUCCAUUUGCAUUUGCUUCACAACCCCUAAAACAUUUUUUUUUUUUGGUUAGAAUUUCAGACAUGCGUACAAUCCUGUAUUCCACUAACUGCAAUUCUGCUGUGUUCAUACAGAAAGGAGGCAGGCUGUAUUGUGACACUGACAUCUUGGUGUAAUGCUCCUUGAUCAUGUUCACAAACUUCACAAUUUUGAACUUUUAAGGGACCCCUCAAAUUGUCAUAUUAGACUUGUCCAGGCAUCAGACAUUCCACAUUGUUAAGCUCUUGAAAGGCAGUGCAUUCUUUUCUUUUUCUUUUGAACUAAGUUUGGAUUGUCAUUGUAGUUUUACUCACUGUUCAGGUGCUGCUUGAUCUCAGUACAAUGGAAAAUGUAUGUGCGUAAAUGUGGUUCCAUGUAUUUUUUGCAAGAUUGACUAUCAUCUGUAUGUAAAACCUAAAAUAACCUUUUAUUGAUGUUAAUUGAAAAUGUCUUACCACACUGUAUCAACCCUGCUUGCAAAAAUAUUCCUCUAAAGCGGUUGUUUUCUCCAAAAAAAGAAAAAAAAAAUCUGUGCCUGGCUUUCUCUUGCAGCCUCUGUUUUCAUUAAGGGGCCAGAUCUGCUUGUUGUUUAAAAAUUUAGAAGAAAACGAGUUAGACCAGACAAACUUAAAUUUGCUAAAUCUCAAUUUUUACCCAGGUGCAUUUGUGCUGUUAAACAUAGCUGGUGUGAAGAAUCGCCUCAUUAAUCAAGUAUGUUCUGAUGGUGCAAUUUGGAGAUUUGGAAAAGAAGCUCAGUGUCACAAUACCAUGUAUCACCACUACAUUCCACAUAUUGUAGUUGAAGACACCAUUCCACAUUAUAGCUGACAGUCUGUUUACUCUGACAAUGCUCCAAUGAAUUGAAAUCAUUUCUGUUUAAAAAAAAAAAAAAAAAAUCAUGUCAGUUUAUUAUGCUUGAUGAAAAUGCAGUUAGUGAAUGUGGAACGAAGCCUGUCUGUAUAUCAGGUAUCUACUUGCUUUGUUUUUACUGACAAGUCUUAUGGCUAAAAUUUGCUUCUGUAACAGUCUAUUACCCAGUGCACACACGUGGUUGUGAAAACUUUAGAAUAGCUCUUAAAAAGCAAUGACUGAAAAUGGAGAUAAAACAAUGGUUGGUGUAAUUCUAGCUUUGUGUUUAUGUAUCUUAAAACCAUUCUAGUUUCACUAUACAUGUAAGAAAUAGGAAAGUGUCAAAGACCAUUCAGUGAAAUAAAGUUUCGUUUAAGAUAA